AUGGCCGAGACGCAGGAGCUGCUGCUGCAGCUGCAGAAGGACAACCGCGACGGGCGACUGCGGAAGCAGGAGCUGGAGGAGCUGGUGCGCGGGCUCGAGGCCGAGAGCGAGAGCCUCACCGGGCGCCUGCAGGACCUGCGCGAGCGCGAGCGCAGCCUGCAGCGGAAGCGAAGCCAGGUGGCGCGUAGCCUGCGCGGGGAGGUGCGCGAGGCGGCGCGGGAGCGCGCGGAGCGAGCGCGCGGGCUGCUGGAAGCGGCGGAGCAGCACCUGCAGGACUUGGAGCAACACAACCGGCAGCUGCAGGAGCAGUGGGAAGAGCUGUCGAGUCAGCUCUUCUACUACGGAGGGGAACAACUGAGUCAGCAGCGCGCCGAGCAGCAACUCGGGACCCAACUGAUGGCGUUGCAGAAACAACUAGAGCUGUUGGAGGCCAAGCACGCUAAGCAGGCGGAGAGCCUGCGACAGGGCGCGCAGCGGACGGAGGAGGCCUGGGCCAGCUUUCAGGAGCAGAGCGGAGUCCUGCAGGUACCGCCUCCUCCGCCCCGAGAGCCCCUCACGUCCGACUCCCCUCCAACCCGCGAGCUGCGCCCUCCCCCGCCGGCCCCGGGGUCUCCUCCCCCAGUCCUGAGACCGCACUCCCACUUACUCCAGGAGCUGCAGGGAAAGGUGAUGGAGGCGGCUGCUGCGCUGGACGCCUCGCGGGGCGGCCCGGAGCUGUGGGACUCCCGGCCUCGCUGGGUGCAGGACUGCGCGGGCUCGCUCAUGGAGGAGGUGGCCGAGGCCGACUGUGUGCGCGCGGGCCCGGGCUGGGCGGGCGGGCUGGAGUCGGGACCCGCCCCGCCCCCAGGCCACCCGCGCCCACGGGGCCCCACCUCCCCUCGAGGGCCCGCCCCCCGAUGGACCCGCGACUCCCGGGGUGGAGUGGACCCGGAACUCGUGGCGCCCCCGCCCGGGCGCCGAGCUAGACGCUGCUGCCUCCCUCCGCAGGAGAGGCGGCUUUUCACCGGCACCGGCUGGGCGGGCAUCAGGCUGUGGGCGCUGGGCGCGUUGCAGACGCUGCUGUUGCUCCCGCUCGGCGUCCUGGCGCUGCCGCUGCUCUACCUGACGCUCGUGAACCCCUCCGCCCUCCGCCGGGGACUCCCGCACUUUGUCUCGGACGCCGCCUUCCGCCGCCUGCGCUACACUCUGUCCCCGCUGCUCGAGCUGCGCGCGCGCGGCCUGCUGCCCGCCUAG